AAAUUUUUGAAUGAAAAACAAAAACCAGAGAGAGGUUAGGUAUGUAGUUAUGAUUGCAUUUUGAAUUAACGAUAAAUUUACCAAUUUAUUUCACAAUGGCGAUUCGUGAAAGACUAGAUGCAACUCUGGAGAGAUGCAUAAAGUCGAUAGAUACAUGGCAACAAUUGAUAACAGAGAACUUCGAAGAUGAGCAAGAGAAAAACGAGGAGCAAGAGAAACUGAAAAAUUGUGUGAAGAUGUACUGCGAGGUAGACCAACUCAUCAAGAAAACGGACGACGCUUUGGAAAAAGUUGACAAUGAACUAAAUGAGAAAGAAGCUACUGGUUCCGAAGAUAUAAAUAAGAUGUUCCAGGAUUUCUUUGAAAAUGAACCUACAUCAUCAUCGCAAAACUACGCGAACAGCCGCAUCUGGAAGAGCGUUUUUGGACGUAUGAGCGACGUAAUGGAAGUCAAACAGAAGAAAAAGAAAAUUGACGACACUCAUUUUGAAGAACUGAGUGAUUCCAUGAUGUGCUCCAAUGUUUUCACCCCUCCUAUAGACCCGAUAACCAAAACGGUUGUGAGAAAUCCUUACAAAAACAAAAGGUGCAAACAUGUAUAUGAGCACGGAACCAUAGUGGGGUAUAUAAAGCAGUUGAAAAGCAAAGCGAAAUGUCCUUAUAUUGGAUGCAACAACAACCAAUUGAGAGUUACAGAUUUGGUAGCAGACACUAGUUUGCAAUCUCAAAUUACAGAGUAUUUAGAGACACAAGAGGCAGAAGAAUCAGAUGAUGAUGAUGAAUAGAUUUGAUAUGCGAAGAAGGUAUUUGUUUCGUGAAAAAAAUACUAAAGUAUAUUUUCAGUUUUGAAGAUCUAUUUUUUUUUGUUCAUAAAGGUGCAUAUUUUC